GUUCUCACUAUAUAAAGAUGACCAAAGCAAUAGACAAGCAAGUAAAAGAAAGGAGAAAAAGAAGAAGAAGAAGAAGAGAAGAACUAGUACGUAAUGGCUUCCUCUAUGCUCUCCUCUGCCACCGUGGUUAGCUCACCGGCUCAAGCGGCCAUGGUUGCUCCAUUCACAGGCUUGAAGUCAUCCGCUGCAUUCCCAGUCACUCGCAAGACCAACACUGACAUUACUUCCAUUGCAAGCAAUGGAGGAAGAGUUAACUGCAUGAAGGUGUGGCCACCAGUCGGAAAGAAGAAGUUUGAGACUCUCUCUUACCUUCCUGAUGUUACUGACGUCGAAUUGGCUAAGGAAGUUGACUAUCUUCUUCGCAACAAGUGGAUUCCUUGUGUUGAAUUCGAAUUGGAACAUGGAUUUGUAUACCGUGAACACGGAAACACACCCGGAUACUAUGACGGACGUUACUGGACAAUGUGGAAACUUCCUUUGUUCGGAUGCACUGACUCUGCUCAAGUGUUGAAGGAAGUGCAAGAGUGCAAGACGGAAUACCCUAACGCUUUCAUUAGAAUCAUCGGAUUCGACAACAACCGUCAAGUCCAGUGCAUCAGUUUCAUCGCCUACAAGCCACCAAGCUUCACCGGCGCUUAAUUUUGUUGUCUAAAACAUUCAUAUAAUAAUCUUCACUCAUUUCGUUUCCAAUUAUCUGUCCUUUUUGCUUUUUGAAUUUUUGUUUCUGAGAAUUCUCUAUCGUAUUGUCAAAUGUCUGAUUUAUGAAUAUGUAACUUCUAUAUCACUUCUUCUUCUUAGUUAAUUUCCAAUGUUAAA